GGAAAUCAGGUGCUUGGAAACAUGUCUGGGAAACCCAAGCUCCACUACUUCAAUGGACGAGGUCGAAUGGAAUCAAUUCGGUGGCUACUAGCAGCAGCUGGAGUUGAGUUUGAAGAAUGUUUUCUGGAAACAAGGGAUGACCUGCUAAAGUUACUGAAGAGUGGAGCCCUGCUGUUUCAGCAAGUGCCCAUGGUGGAGAUCGACGGGAUCAAGAUGGUGCAGACUAGAGCCAUUGGCAACUACAUAGCAGCAAAGUACAACCUCUACGGGAAGGACCUGAAGGAGAGAGCCCUAAUUGAUAUGUAUGUGGAAGCAAUAAUAGAUCUGGAUGAGUUACUCAUGAGCCAUCCUUUCCAACCAGCUGAUAAAAAGGAGCAACAUCUUGCUAAUAUUGUGGACAAGGCCACAAACAGACACUUCCCAGUCUAUGAGAAGGUUUUGAAGGACCAUGGACAGGACUUUCUUGUGGGCAAUCAGCUUAGCAGGGCAGAUGUGCAAUUACUUGAAGCUCUUUUAAUGGCAGAGGAGUGCAAGCCUGAUAUACUUGCCAGAUUUCCUCUCUUGCAGAGUUUUAAAGCAAGAAUAAGUAAUGUUCCCACAAUAAAGAAAUUUCUGCAGCCUGGCAGCCAGAGGAAACCACCACUACAAGAAAAAGAUCUUCCAAAAGUGCUGAAAAUUUUCAAUCUUAACCAGUGAGCAGCAAUCUAAAAUCACAGAAACUCUACUGCAUUUUCUCUGUGUUUCCUGAUAGUGGCAAAGUGAAACUAAUGAAAAUAGUUAAAAGGUUUUUUGAUCUCCCUUUCUCUGGCCAACAUCCGGCCUCUGAUUGGGUUUGGCCUGCUCUUCCUAAGUAAUUCAACUUGAGCACACCAGCAAAUGAAAUGGUUAAAUGAAUUAUGAGGUGCACAGGACAAAGCAGGAUGUCUUAAAUUACCGAUUUUAAGAGAUUACCUGAAAUAAAGUCUCGCUAUUGACAUUUAAAAA